UGCACCCUGACGGAUGAAAACCCGGUACCAUCUCGUUCGCUUCCAGUUGGAACUUUGUCCCCAUGUCGCCAAGGCAAAGCCAUGAAUCAGCAGGAAUCCUGAGAGGAUGCUCGCGAGGAGCCCACAUCUGCGCCAAGAUGCGCGAAGGGGGAACAAAAGUAGCAUGACUGCCGCCAGUAUGCUCUUCCCCGGAUUUUCUCCCAGAUUAACUUGCUCUAGCUGCUUUCCGCAUCUUCCGGUCGUUCGUCUGCGCUUCUCCCUAGAUAAUUCCAACUUUGCUGAUCCUCCUUCUUGUUGAUUCUCGGGGUUGUUCUCGUCCACAUGCAGCAGCCUACUCCCAAGACGUACCAAGUUGAACUAUAACAACGUCCAAAACUCGACCCCGGCGGUAAAGAUCAGUUCGCCCGCGUUAAGCGAAUCUUCCAGGAACUGAGCCCUUCUUAUUCCCAAGCGGAACGGCUGUAAUUACACGAGAUCUUCCUCGUGUGCAUCUCUUCGAACCAGCACGCGGGCCAUCGGUUUGGAGGUGUCGAAAUCUGCGCCCCAUCUUCCUCAGCGACACUUGCACCGGAGAGAUUCCGACCAUGAACCACUGAUCGUACACUUACCGCUUGACCAGUCGCUCGUUUCGCUUUUCUACCAUAAAAGCCCAGGCCAGGGCGUAUAUCAAGUUGAUCACUCGCUCAAAAUGCUGUCAUCCCAUAUCCCGAGCGCAGUGCCGCUGGCGUUAUGGGCAUUCUCCAGAGCUGCCGAUGCGGCGUACUCAAUAGACACUCGAGAGGAUAUCCUCACGACGGCCAGCACACUCGCGUACGAUCUCAUGAAGUUUUACGAAGGAAACAAGACGGGAGAAAUCCCCGGUAUCUUGCCAGGACCACCAGAUUCGGGCGAAGGCGAUUACUACUGGUGGCAGGGCGGCGCUAUGAUGGGAACGUACGUCGACUACUGGUAUUACACGGGCGACGAAAGUUACAACCACGUCGUUACCGAAGGAAUGCUCCAUCAAGUCGGAGAGGGCCGUGAUUACAUGCCACGGAACCACACUGCCUCUCUCGGCAACGACGACCAAGGGUUUUGGGGCAUGACGGCGAUGCUCGCGGCCGAGAACAAAUUUCCCGACCCCCCAGAAGAUAAACCGCAGUGGCUUGCACUCGCACAAGCCGUCUGGACGACUCAAGCGGAUCCGGAAAGACACGACGAGACGUGCGGCGGCGGUAUGCGGUGGCAGGUUCCCAGGACUAACACGGGGUACGACUACAAGAACACAAUUUCGAACGGAUGCUUCUUCAAUAUCGGUGCUCGACUCGCUCGUUAUACCGGCAACGAUACGUAUGCUCGCUACGCCGAACAGACAUGGGAUUGGCUAUGGGCGGUAAACUACAUCGAUCACGAGAACUGGCGAGUCUACGACGGUGCUCAUGUGCCGAAGAACUGCACCAACAUCUUCAAGGCAACCUUUUCAUACAAUAUUGCCGUAUUGAUGCAAGGUUGUGCGUUUUUGGCGAAUCAUACGGGAGAGCAGAAAUGGUUUGACCGCACCGAAGCCCUCGCAAACCGCGCCAUUGAAGACUUCUUCGCCGAUGGCGUCGCAUACGAAAUCCCCUGCGAAUUUGAGACCGGCCGCUGUUCCCAAGACAUGCUUAGCUUCAAGGGAUACGUCCAUCGCUGGAUGACUGUGGUAACGCAACUCGUACCCUCGACCCGCGACCUCAUCCUUCCGGUCCUGCGCAACUCCACUCUAUCAGCCAUCAAGCAGUGUACAGGCGGUGCAUCGGGUCGCGCCUGCGGAUUUUACUGGAACAAGGGCGUAUUUGUCGACCCGGCUGUCGAUAAGACUUCUGGCGCGGGCGAGGCUAUGAAUGUGUUGGCUGCGGUGCAGAGUCUGCUGGAAGUGGCACCUCCUGCUACGAAUACCACUGGUGGCACUUCAAAGGGUGACCCCAAUGCGGGAAUGAACUCAAAUCCGUUCAAGGAGUUUGACCCCCUGACUACCGGUGACCGUGCUGGCGCCGGCAUCUUGACGUUUGUGGUUCUCUCGAGCGCUAUUGGGAUCUGGGUGUGGAUGUCGCUUGGGUACCAGGAAUGGACUGAAGGAGAGAAGGGUAAAGGGAAAGCUCCCCCCAUGACUGAGAAGGUUGAUACCUCGGUGGAGAGUGUAGCACCGGCGAAAAUGGUCAGCUCGCAAAGCUAGAAUUGUAUUGAGGAAGAAGCCCGUCAACAGCAGGGAAAGUUUUACGAAAAACACUCUGU